AUGCAGAAUAAUAUCAACCGCGAAAUAAACACUCUGGAAUCCAAUACGCCACAGGCUUUCCAUAGCCUUAAAAACUUAAUAAAUCAAAUCAAAAAGCAACAAAUUAAGCUGGAGAUGGUGAGCAGCCGGUGCUACGGCAGCAAGGUCUGCUGCAGCAGGCGCUACGGCAGCAAGGCCUGCAGCAGCCGGUGGUGUUGCACCCGGUGUGGUCGUACCCGGUACAACCACAAUAAACAACAAGAUGACAACACACAAGCCUCGCAACCUCCAUUCUCCAACUUGGACUUAAUGUUGGGCGGCACGUCUGCUUCCUUUUCCGCUUCCUUCUGCUUUGCCGGCUUUGCUGCUGUCAUAUAA